AUGGCUUCACCCACCACCCUCCUCUUCCUCAUUCUCUUGGCUUUAUCUUCCUCCUUAACCCCGGCUUGCUCACAACCCGCCACCACCUCCUCCAGAUUCUCCCCAAAAGACAAUAUCCUCAUUGAUUGUGGUGCUGAUUCUCCGGCCACCCUCCCCGACGGACGAAUGUUCAAAUCUGAUGCAGAAUCUCAAACGUACUUGAAUGCCAGUGAUGAGUAUAAAGCCAACGAUGGUCAAGCUAGCGUUUCUUCCCCUAUUUAUUCUAAUUGCAGAAUCUUCAAGCAGGAAGCUAAGUACUCUUUCCAUUUGAGCGAACCUGGUUUUCAUUGGGUUCGUCUUCAUUUCUACCCUGUCAAAACUGAUGUUUUUGAUCUCCAGAAGGCCACUUUCUCUGUUAAGACAGAAAAAUUUGUUCUGCUUCAUAGUUUUAACUUCAACAACAGCGAAAAUCCUAUUGUUAAAGAGUACCUCAUCAAUGCAACCGACAGUCUCAUGUCCUUAACCUUCACGCCCCUCAAGAAUUCAGCUGCUUUCAUCAAUGCCAUCGAAGUUGUUUCAGCCCCGGACAGUUUGAUUUCCGACACAGGAUCGGCUCUCUUCCCUGUUGGUGAAUUCUCAGGCCUCACAAACUACGCCUUCCAAGCUGUUUACAGAGUCAACAAUGGAGGCCCUCUAAUCACAUCCGCGAACGACAGUCUGGGAAGAACUUGGGUCCCAGAUGAGAGUUUUCUCAAGAACAAGGACGUGGCGAAAAGUGUUUCGGUAGCCCCGAACGUCAUUAAAUUCCCCGAAAACCAACCCACCAUGUCUCCUUUAAUAGCCCCACAAACCGUAUACUCAUCAGCAACAGAAAUGGCCGACGCACAAGUGAACCAAGCCAAUUUCAACGUGUCGUGGAAAUUCGACGUGGAUACUGCUUUCAGUUACCUCAUAAGACUCCAUUUCUGCGACAUCGUAAGCAAAAGUCUCAACCAGCUCUACUUCAAUGUAUACGUAAACCAGAAGAUGGCGAUUGCUAGCCUCGAUUUGUCCUCCCUAACCGGAGCAUUAACGACGCCGUUUUACAAAGACAUUGUGGUGAACGCGUCGCUGAUGGGGCAGGGGCUAUCAAUUCAGGUGGGUCCGGCACAACCAGAUAGCGGCGACAUGAAUGCCAUAGUGAAUGGAAUCGAAGUGAUGAAGAUGAGCAAUACGGUGAACAGCUUGGACGGAGAAUUCGGGGUGGACGGUCAGAGCAGCGGCGGUUCGAACAGGGGCACGGUGGCGGCGGUUGGGUUCGCAAUGAUGUUCGGAGCGUUUGUGGGGCUGGGGGCGAUGGUGGUGAAGUGGCACAAGAGACCCCAAGAUUGGCAAAGGAGAAACAGCUUCUCUUCAUGGUUGCUUCCUCUUCAUGCAGGUGACAAUAGCUUCACGAAAAGCUCCAUGGGCUCACACAAAAGCAUUUUCAGCUCUUCCACAACGGGCUUGGGACGAUACUUCUCAUUCGCAGAGCUGCAAGAAGCAACCAAGAACUGGGACUCAAAGGCCAUUAUCGGAGUUGGUGGCUUCGGUAAUGUCUACCUAGGAAUCAUCGACGAAGGAACAAAUGUUGCCGUAAAAAGAGGAAACCCACAAUCCGAACAGGGAAUCAACGAGUUCCAAACAGAGAUUCAAAUGCUCUCCAAGCUAAGACACAGGCACUUGGUUUCUCUCAUCGGAUAUUGCGACGAGAACGACGAGAUGAUCUUGGUCUAUGAGUACAUGUCCAACGGGCCUUUCAGAGACCAUCUCUACGGCAAGAAUCGGCCUCCUCUUUCAUGGAAACAAAGACUCGAAAUCUGCAUCGGCUCGGCCCGCGGGCUUCACUAUCUGCACACCGGAACCGCCCAAGGUAUCAUCCACCGCGACGUCAAGACCACCAACAUCCUCCUCGACGAUAACUUCACGGCCAAGGUAUCUGAUUUUGGGCUCUCCAAGGACGCACCAAUGGGGCAAGGCUACGUCAGCACGGCGGUGAAGGGUAGUUUUGGGUAUUUAGACCCGGAGUACUUCAGGAGGCAGCAAUUAACAGAUAAAUCAGAUGUUUAUUCUUUUGGGGUAGUUUUGUUGGAGACACUGUGUGCUAGGGCCCCCUUGUGCCCUCAAUUACCCAGAGAACAAGUGAACUUGGCGGACUGGGCGAUGCAGUGGAAGAGGAAAGGGUUGCUUGAUAAGAUCAUAGACCCUGCUCUUGUGGGAACAAUCUGCCCAGAAUCGAUGAACAAGUUUGCAGAAGCAGCUGAGAAAUGUUUAGCAGAUUAUGGAGCUGAUAGGCCAUCAAUGGGGGAUGUGUUGUGGAACCUGGAAUAUGCAUUGCAGCUUCAAGAAGCUUACGUGCAGGGAAAAUCCGACGAUGUCCCUGAUCCUAUGCCUUCACCGGCGUCCACUGCAACACCGGCGGCGAAUUCUUCUCUUCCUCCCGCUGCCCCAACGACAACCUCGGAACAACCACCUAGUACCACUCCUACUCCUCAAUAUAUCACCGACCUGCCAGAAAACAAACCCAUUGAUGAUCAUUCUGGAACAGCCGUGUUUGCCCAGUUCGCUAACAACCUCAGCGGCAGGUAAAAGGAGAUAACAAAAAGGCUUGCGAUAAUUGAUUCCUGAAUUGUUCGAUCACAUUGUCCCUUUAUAGUCUUAUUAAU